AUGAGACUGCAUGCAUGUCGUUGGACCUCUGGCAAGGCACUGCCUGUGGCCACGUAUUGGAGGCGUCUAGAUAGACUGACCCUUGACGCGGUGUGUUGGAUUCCAUACGGUGACCACCGUUCAUUUAGAGAAUUUGAGGUCAUCUCAUUGUUUUUCGACCAUCUCAGAUGGGCCCCCUUGACAGUCAUUCACCGACCGGAGAGGGUUGUACGAAAAUUCGGCUACAUCCAGACUAUUUUGCCACACCCUGUUGUGUCUUUGUUGUCCAUUGCAGAAAUUGAUGAUAGAUGGAUGCAGUUUGGUGAGUAUAUUGCACUUGUAGGGCAAUUAUGUGCAGUGUCGGGCCACUGUUCUCCAGAUUACCUAGAUUGGUUUUACAUGAUCUCGCACCCAUUCAUGAGUCCGGCACAACCAGGGGAUCCUCCUAGAGCACCGCCGGUUCAGCAACAUAUAGAAUUUGUUGACCCACAUAUGUAUUAG